GUUUUACCACUGACGGAGAAUAUAUUUAAUUCACUAAGAACAUCUGGAACAAAGAGGCCAAUAUCCAUAAUUGAAGUAAUUAAGAAUAUUGCUAAAGGUAUGAAGUGUAAAGAAAUCACAAAAUAUUUCACACUGGACAAGGAAGGUAUUGUAUAAUAGUGCAAUCAUGUCAAUUAAACUAUACAUAUAAUGCAAAUCCAAUAAACCUACUUUCCCCAUUGCUUCACCCAAAUUUUUACCACCACUUUUCCAGAUGAAUUAUGUCAAAUGUGAAGAUACAGAUUUCUUUUUAGAAAUAUAAAAAUAAUUUUCGCUUUGGUGUAAGAAAGAAUAUAGGAAAUUAGGAAUAUAGAAAUAAAGAAUAUAGGAAUAUAGGAAAUUAAUAUAUGAAAUAUUGACUAAAGUAAUUACUUCCUCCAACAGGAAACCCAUUGAAAAGCCAUCCUGCUGUUCCUCCCGAAGAUGCAAAAUGGUGUCAUGAUUUUAUGUAUGACAGCGACCCUCCAGUUACAUUCCACCGUGCUUGUCUAAUUCUCAGAAGGAGACUUUUCCCCUUCCACUAUGAUCCAUACCCUUGGGUUAAAGGCAGAGAUGAGACAAAUGUAGAGGUGUUGAAAUCACUGAUGGCUAUAUAUUUACACCGUGCAGAAGUUCAGAAUCUUAGAGGCCUUAAAGAAGAUCCUGCAGAUUUUAAUUCCCAUCUCUACCAACCCGAGCUAGGGGGUCCAUUUACCUGGACUUGAUUUGAGAUAUCUCAAAGACGCGCUACAUGACCCAUGCACAGGACUAACAUAUGAAGCACUUACAGGUAAAAAUAAUAAUUUAAAAAUCAGUUUAACCUGUUACCUUGCCAUACCCCACCACUGGGCUCAUCUGGGCAUAUAACAUAAAAGUGUCACUAAGAUACAAUUGUUAUGUUUAGGAAAAAAUAAACAAUCUGUACCUGAUUGUGAACGUAUAAUUUCACCUGGAGUGUUCAAAUUUUUGGAGAAGAAAGGUCAUACAUCAGGAGCGACUGUACUGAAGUUGUUACAUAAUUGGCACAAAGCUGUUGAUGGGAGAGGCUUGAGUGAAGAUCAGAGAUCAACAUAUUGUGAAGAACUAAAAUGUUGGUUGCUGGAUGACUGGAUGCCAUGGCACCGAGAAGUUAAAGACUACUCCCAAAUUGAUGUGAACAGGUUAGCUCUUUUGGCUUCCUCUUUUGUUUUUUUAGUAAAAAUCAAACAUGUUUUUCCAACUGGCCUGUUUUGCAAUACAAUUUGAUUCCAAAAGCGGUUGUAUCAUUCUCAUACUGGUCCUUUGCUUCCUCUACACCUCAUUCUACAUGAUUCUCGUUAUGUUUUUAGUCGGUUAAUCCUAUCAACACAGAGGCUGUAUCAUUUUUCAACUAAUGUGUUGAAAUUGAUCAUUUAAUAUCACAAAUUCUGAAGCCAUUAUACUAUACAUUAAUUAGCUGUUGUAAAUAUUCUUAUUUUUCAUUCAAUUUUAUUGUUAAAAAUAGACCUGUGAAGGGGAUUUGUGGGCUAACCCGUGAGGUGAUUGUUAGUUUGUUGGCAAAUCUUGAGAGUCGUGAGUUACGCAGAAUUGAAUACAUACAAAGAAAUAUCAAACCAAGAUCUUCUUCAACCGAUGAUGUGGAGAGUUUCAUUUCUUUACUACAUGAAAUUCUUGGAUUGAAUUUUGAUUUGAAGCAAGUCUUCAGUGAGCUUCCUAAAAUCCUAAAUGAGUUUAGGAAAAAGACAGACAAAGAUUUGCAGUUCUAUUAUUGA